CUUAUCAUGUUCCUCUGUCCAAUGUCCAUGCAUGAGUGGUCACAAAACUCUCCUUUGAGCACCAAAACCACAGCUCAAUAGCAUCUCAAAGAAAGCUUAUUGGCGAAGAAAAUUUUUCCACUCAAAACCCUAAAGAUGUAAUUAAAAAAAAAAGAUGUAGAGGUGAUAGAAGAAUAAGAGCAAAAUAAACAAAUGCCUUUGCCUGUCUUUCCCUCUUCUUCUCUUUAGUUCUCUUUUCUCUUUCUUUCUUUCAUGGCUCUGGUAUUCCCUUAGUUUUAUUCUCCACCAUUCCUAAAGAUCCAUUAACCUUUAUAAAAAGAAAAAGAGAAAAAAUAAAUAAAGAAACAUGGUUUACCCAUCGGUUCAAGUCUAUUUAGAUCCUCCCAACUGGCAUCAGCAACCAAAUCACCAACAAGCAAGUACUGGAACUGAAAAUCCUCAGCUUCCACCUCUUUCUCCUGUUCUUUAUGCUGGUGUUGGUGUUGGUGGUGCUGGUGCAGCUGCUGGCUCCAUCAGGUCUGGUUCUAUGGCUGAUCGAGCCCGGCUAGCCAGGCUUCCACUGCCGGAGGCAGCUCUCAAGUGCCCUAGAUGUGAUUCCACCAAUACUAAGUUUUGUUACUUCAAUAAUUAUAGCCUCUCGCAGCCGCGCCACUUCUGUAAGACUUGUCGGCGCUACUGGACUAGAGGAGGUGCCUUAAGAAAUGUUCCGGUUGGUGGAGGCUGCAGGAGAAACAGAAAAAACAAAAGCAAUAACUCCAAAUCCCCAGUUACCACUGCAAAGCAAUUGGGUUCAAGUUUCACUAGUGUUCCCUCUGAUAUUAUAGCUCAUUUGCCUCAACAAACACCCCAGUUACCCUUGUUAACCUCUUUACAUAAUCUUUCUCAGUAUAAUAUGGGGAAUAUUGGGUUAAAUUUCGGUGGAAUUCAAGCACAGAUUGGGGCAUCAGGUGUUGGUAGUGGCCAGAAUGACGUUGGGUUUCAAAUUGGAAGCAAUUCAAGCAUGAGUAGUGCCAUAUUAUCCGCUGCAGGAGUUCAACAAUUUCCCUUCUUUGAGCCACCCACCGGUUUUUAUCCUUUUCAAAAUGAAGGUGUUGAAACGCAGUCUGUUUUAGUGGGUGACAACCAACUUCUAUCCAUGACUUCAAACUCUAGGGUUUCUGAGCAGACAACAGUGAAAAUGGAUGGACAUAAUGAAGAGCUAAAUUUAUCUAGACCAUUUCUGGGAAUUCCCGAGAAUAAUCAAGACUGGAGUGGAAGUAACUGGACGGAUCCAUCAGCUUAACCUAAGAUAGGUGACACGAAGUUGCAUGUUCCUGAGAGCCACGACCUUGAGUUGCAAGCUACUCCCCAGAGGUGUGGAUAUAUAGUGAUGAAAACCUAUCUCUUCAUGAUCCAUGAAGCAUUAAAGACUGGUAGACUACGUUUCUUCUUUUCUUUCUAAUAUGUUCUUGAUGAAUUAAUCUAUAUAUUUGGUGUCUUUUAUUGCAUGGCCUUGUUUAGAAAUUUGUCCUUGUUUAUGUUGUGUGUUCAAAUUUAUGUAUUGGAUCUAUUAUUCGACAUGAUGAACUGAUCAAUUUAUGUA